GGGGGAGGUAAGGGGCGGACCCACGAGCAGAGGGAGGCUCGAAGGGAGGAAACAAGUGGUGGUGAUUUUUGUCUCCGAAAAGUGUAGGAUAAUGAAGCACACACAGUGAUGGAUUUUCUGGCCGAGAACAAUGUGUGCGGGCAGACCCUGCUCCGGCUCGUGGCAAGGGCAAAUUCCAUUAUUGCAGAGUUGAUGCGUUUAUCUGACUAUGUUCCUCAAGUAUUCAGAUUAGAGACUAAAGUCGAGCAACAGAAAUAUGGAGACAUUGUUUUGGAUUUCACAUAUUUCAAAGCCCCUGAAGGUUUCAAUAAGAAGAUCGAAGAUACACCCGUGUUAGCUGACAUAGAUGAUGAAAUCCGUGAGAAUCACAGCUCCAUUAUUGAGAGAAUAUAUGCGGCAUUUGAGAGUAUUCAUCGGUAUGUCACAGACCUUAACAGCUUUUUACAAGACCUUAAUGAAGGGACAUACAUACAGAGAACUCUGGAGAAUGUUUUCACUAAUGAAGACGGAAAACAGCUUAUGUGCGAAGCUCUACACCUCUAUGGAGUUAUGCUGUUGGUGGUCGACUCGCUUUUUCCGGGUGUAGUUCGAGAAAGGAUCAUCGUUGCCUAUCAUCGCUAUGCCGGGCAGAAAGCCUCUAGUGAUACCAACAUUGAUGAUGUGUGCAAGUUGCUUAGGUCUACAGGAUUUUCAACUUUGCCAGGUAGCAGGAGACCAAAUAAUUAUCCUGAGGAUUAUUUUAGGAGAGUCGAGAUACCAGCAACUUACCUGAGUUUAGUCUUGGGUCAUUUAAGAUCAGAUGAUAUUUAUCACCAGGUCCAGGCCUAUCCAUCCCCAGAGCAUCGCUCAGCAGCACUUGCAAACCAGUCUUCCAUGCUCUAUGUCUGCCUUUUCUUUACUCCAGCAACUCUCUACUCCCAGACUGCUAAAAUGAGGGAGAUAGUUGAUAGAUUUUUCCCUGAUAAUUGGGUCCUCAGCUACUACAUGGGUAUGACUGCAAACUUGAUUGAUUCCUGGGAACCCUAUAAAGCAGCUAAGCAAGCACUGAAUAAUACUCUAGAGGUUUCAAAUAUCAAAGAACAGGCUUCCAAAGUAGGUACAAAAAUCGGGAAACUCACAAAGCAAACGGACCAGCUACUCUCUGAAGGUGCCAUGAGUGAAGCAAGAGUUCUGGAUCAUAACAAUAGGAUCCUCAAUCUUCUGAGGGAAUGUAAUGUGACACUAAGAUGGGCAGUGCUGCACGCUGCAACAUUGGCAAAGGCAGGCGGUGAAGGGAAUAAGAGGUGCCGAGCUGUUCGUGAUCAAGUUGUAAGUGAUAUGCAGUACUCCCCCAUGAUGGUGUUUCACCUGAUGCUGAACACAGCUACAUUAGAACUUGAACUGAACACCAUAUACAAGAGGCUCUUUGAAGAGAAGUCAGUCAGAUGGGAUAAAUACCGCAAAGAGGCCAAUGAGCAAGUAUUGGAGCUCUCAGAGGUAUUUGCUGGGAGCAGACCUCUUGCUCGUGUAGCCAAGAAUGAACGGCUUCAGAAAUGGUUCAAAGACAUUGGAGAACAGAUCUUGAGCCUCAGCUUGGAUGAACCAGGAUCAUCUGGGAGGAAGAUUAUACAGCUUAUACAGGCACUCAAAGAAGUUAAAGAGUUCCAUGGUCUGGAAUCGAGUGCUGGUGUAGUCCAAGCUGUUGGAGAGGUGGUAGGUGCCUUGCAAGCAUUGGUGAGAGUUGCUGGGAUCACUGAGGACAACCUGGUUACACUGUCUCUGAUAUCAGACUUGUCUUAUGCAUGGAAGUUGGUGGAUGAGUAUACAGCAGUAAUGCAGUCUGCUAUCAAGAAGGACCCAUCUCAUGUAGCUAGAAUGCGAGCCACUUUUCUGAAGAUAUCUUCAGGACUAGAUCUGCCACUUUUGCGGAUCAAUCAAGCACGCAGUCCAGAUCUCAUUUCUGUAUCUGCAUAUUAUUCGGGAGAGCUUGUUGCAUAUGUCAGGAAAGUGCUUCAAAUUAUCCCUGAAACCAUGUUUGGGUUACUUGCAAAAAUUAUUAAGCUUCAGACAGAAAGGAUUAAACCAAUACCCACCCGUCUUGAUAAGGACAAGAUGAGAGAUUAUGCACAGUUGCAGGAGAGAUAUCAGAUGGCAGAGUUAAGUCACGGUGUGGCUGUCCUGGCAGAGGGCGUUGCUAUGAUGGAGACAACUCUUGUUGGUGUGAUCCAGGUUGACCCUCGCCGCCUCCUAGAAGAUGGUGUGCGCAGAGAACUAGUGCUGUUAGUGGCCAAGAUAUUACAUGAAGGACUGACAUUUAAUACAAAAGUGAAAGGAAGUGAACUUUACAAAAGAUUACGAGCAGUUGAACAACAGAUGACUGGUUUUCGUACUUCAUUUGAAUACAUCCAAGACUAUAUUAGUAUGUAUGGACUGAAGAUUUGGCAGGAAGAAAUGUCUCGCAUUGUCAACUACAAUGUUGAACAGGAAUGUAAUCAAUUGCUCAAGAAAAAAAUAUCUGACCAUGAGAGUGUAUACCAAAGUAUCGCAAUCCCAAUCCCAAAGUUCCAACCAGUCGAUGCCCAAUCCGUGAACUUUGUGGGGAGGCUCGUGCGGGAGAUUCUGCGCAUCACUGAUCCCAAGACGACUGUGUACGUGCCACAGUUGGGAACAUGGUAUGACAGUAAAACUCACACAGAAGUGCUUUCAAGUUCUGUCAUGGGGAAAGUAGAGUCCAGUAUUAGCACAGCUGGGCUUACAGGUGUUGACAAAUUGCUGGCCUUCUUGAUUGUGACUGAGUUACAGAAUUUGGUUCGGGAGAUUGAGGUUGCCUGCCAGAAGGACCCCACCAUAAAGGAGAUACUAAGAACACUAGCACCCCAGUUGACUCCAAACACUCAUGUAGUUGCACAACCUCAGAGGCAGUAUGUUGGGUGGGCUCAACGCACUAAUAAAUUGUCAACAUCCCUUGUUGAUCGUAUCAUGCGAAUAGGGCAGAUGCAGGUCCUCAGGCUCCAUGCUGCAAAUCGUCUCAAUUCCUCAUGCAAGUUUGAUGCCAAAUAUCUUGCAGCUGCACUUUCAACCAUGAAUGAAUCACUUAUGUCAGAUGUAAAGAAGCAUUAUGCUGAUCCUACAAGGCCAUACCCUGAUGAGGACGGUGCUCUAACCAGUGAAUUGAGUAUCUUCUUGGAAUGGUGUGGGAUGACUCAGCCUCUCAAUAGGAUCUACAUCACCACACAGGCUCUGAAUCCUCUGAGCAUGGUGCUACUGUUGACUGUGAUCAACCAGAUUCCAAAGAUACAUUAUGCAAAAAUGCUUGGUACCCUGACUGGCAUCAGAGGCACUGAGGGUAUUGAUGGAGAAUUGCUGGUAACAGGACUUGCAUCCCUGUUGCGACAGUUUCACCAGGAUCAUACGCUCCGUUUCAUUGAGCUUCUGUCCCAGUACAUCACAUCCUUCACAACACAUACUGCAACAAGUACUAACAAGGCUGCAGACUUACCUCAUGAAAUACUGACUGGGUUAGCAGUUUUGCAAGAAGUCGCCAAGAAAAUGGCUGUGUCCAAGAAAACACUGUCAUUAUAUGUGCCUCAGCAUCUUCUUGCUGCACAUAUAGGCUAAGUUAAUGUUCCUAAAAUCUUUUGAUUUUUCUAUUAAGAAGUUGACAUAUGGCUGUUGAUUUUCUUGUUUUUGAGUAGCAGAAUACUAAAUAGUUAUUGUUAGAUGUUGGCACUUGUCUGGGAGAUAUAGUUAAUGUAUAUAUUUAUACAGUUAUUUUUGUAAUUAUAAGACUAAUGUCAGUUGAACAUAAAUCUCAUUACAAAUAAAAUAAUUCAAGAAAGCUCAGAGAAUUAAUACAAAUAAUAUAAUGAUUCAUGGCAUAAGUAAAGCACAGUAACAUUCCAUAGGUACUGAGAACUAUACUCGUAAUAAGCAUAGCAUCUACCCAUAGGCAUUGGAUAAUAGCAGUCUGUUGUAGUUUUUUGAGUUUGGUUUACACAUAGAUGGUUCUAUAAACUUUUAGUCACCAAGGAGUAAGUUCCCCUUUCCUUGAAUUUGGGGAGUUUUAUUUUUCCUAAUGCUGUUGAUACCAUUACUCAUAAUUAAUAACAUUGGGAUCUUUGGUGACUAAGCUCAUGUGGAUCCAGCUAUGUACAAGCAAACUUAAUAAAUCAAAUUUACAGUGGCCAUGGUAUGUAUAGAAUGCCAUCCUGGCAUCAUCAAUAUAUAUAUAUGAAUUAUAAGAGAGAGAAUGAGAAUAUACACACUAUUUAUUCACUUUCAGUUAUUAUUUUAACAUUAUGCCACUCCAUGUGAUUUUCAGAUUUAAUUAUAGUUUUAGAAUAUUGAAGAUAUUCAGCAGAUGUUUAGGUUUGACUAGAAUUACUGACAAAAAAUAAACCUAAACAACUACUGAAUAUCUUCAAUAUUCUAAAACUAUAAUUAAAUCUGAAAAUCACAUGGAGUGGCAUGAGGCUAGUCAUAUCAUAAUUACAACACUGCAUUUUAAAUGUUCUUGUUUUACUUUUAGUUUGAUAUCAUGAUAUAUUUGGAUUCACUUGGUGAAUAGCUCGAAUAUAAAUGUAAUUUUAAAUAAAAUAUGAUUUGAACAGAAAACAAGAAUUUUAUUGCCAUUGCCCCUAUAUGAUGUAUUCUGUUAUACAGGUAAUGAGUCUCACAUGAGGGACAAGUAAAUAUUUAGGAUUCCUCAGAGAAAUUUUCAAUAAUUUUUAUUUAAUUCUAAAUGUUCAUUUUGUCAUCUCUGAGUUGUGUAAAAUAAACAUGAAAAAAAGAAAAAGAAAAAGAAAAAA